AUGAGAAACGAAAAUCGAGUUCGCGUAGCUUAUGAACGGAAAGCGGUCAAUCGCCAGGAGUACAAAACUGCUGUUCAAAGCAGCAAAGGAAACCCGGACGUCGGGUGCAUACCUGAGGUGUUCUGCAUCGUAGCACACUUCGGGAGAAUGAGGGGGCUGCUGUAGGGGAACUUUCCACUGCCUCCCCUAGGUGCCGCCACGCCGCCGCUGUGAUGGAUGAUGUUGGCGUCGAUGUUCUUCUUGACGGUACGGAAAUGAUCCCGCAUUGCAGGAGACAACCGUUGGCUAUCCUCAACACCACCCCCGCCCACGGGAGGGGGAGCGGACGUUCCCGCCGCUCCACCUGCCCGUGCCGCUGCCCCUCUCCCAGCCUCUCGUACCCCCAUCGGUGCUCGUCGUCCACUACCCCUUCCUCCGCCCCCCCCUGCACUCCCACCUCAAUGUGUUUCCCGUCUAGCUCUGCCAAGGCCUUGACCUAUGCUUGCUGCUCCGACGGCCGCCGCCGCCACAGCCGCAGCUUGAACUAUCGUCCCCCCUGUAACGGCACCUGCCGUGCUUCCUGCCGCAGCUGUUGGUCGAGUUUCAGCACAGGGACUAGAACUUGCAGUGCCGCCUCGUCCUCGUCUUUGUUCCCCUUGUAACGCCGCCGCCCCAGCCGCUAGUAGCGGUGCCGGUGGUUGAGGAACAGGUGCGGUAGAUGGUGGUGGGCUUGCUGAUGUUACUCCUGCUGUUGCCGCUUGUGUUGCUGUUGCCGCUGCUGGUGAUGUUGCUGUUGGUGCUUGUGGUUCUCCUGCUGUUACUGUUGCAGCUGGUUCUACUGUCCCUCCUGCUUCCGGCCCCUCUGUUGCUGCAACUACCUCUGAUGCCGCUGCUCCUACGGGACGUUCUCUACGAGCUUUCCCCUUGCCUUUCCCCUUGGAAGACGGCGACUGGGUUGAAGCGUUUGCGGAGUUAUUUGAUGCCCCACGAACGACAUGUACUGCCUGGCUCGUACUGCCUCUUCCGACGUCAGAUAUCGUCGUCGGUGUACUCCUCUCACCCGCACUUUCCUCGUCGUUCCCCAUGUUGUCUUCGUAGCACCUUCGCAACUGACUCGCUGACGCUUCCGUGUUGUUGUGUCUGCCCACCCCAUGACCGUACGGAAAGCUGCUGCCUGCCGUGAUCGCUUCUCCUCGUCGCUCUUUUUCUCUGCGUUUGAUUUCGUCCCGGGCAUUUUUGCUCCAGCCGCAGGCGCUGAUCCUUUCCUGCGACCCAUGGUACAUCCGCUGUGGUGCUGUGCGUGUGCUGUGGGUUGUACGUGUGUGUGCUGCGGUGAGAGAGCUGUGUCCUUUCUCUUUGGGC